AUGGCAUGGGUCCGAAUGCACUUGAAAGCAACUUGCAAUAUAAAUAAAUCAAAUUUUAAUGACUGGUUCACCGGCCAUCUAAAUUUUCAAAUUGAUUUAUUUCCGAUGAUGCCGAGACAUAAUUUGUAUAAAAUUCAAUCAUAUGUGCAGGCAUCAUGUCAAAAGCAUGAUAUUAAUUAUGUUAUUAAACCGCUAUUCAAAGCAUUUAUUGAUAUAUUUCUAUCAUUGGAAUUAUCUGGACGUGUGUGGCGUGAAACUUAUCUGGAAUUUGUUGAAAGCACAUGA